AUGGCGUUUGCGCAGUACUCCUCAAAUAAUCGCACCGGGUUGGCUGCUUGCUUUGGCAACUACUACCAAUGGGGCUUUCAAUCAGCCAAACUGAGUGCGUGGUAUCCACCACUACCGUCCACUUCAAAACCGCAACGGCCAUUAGGCGUUCAGCAAAUUGCACCAGGUGUGCAACUUCUGCCGCCGCCGCCACCACCUCCAGCUUCAGCUCAAGUACACAAAAACGCCAGAUCGCCGCUGGAAAGCAUCGAGCGAAUCGGAAGAGGCGUGGUGGAAACCAGCGAGGCGGGUUUCAAAAAAGAGGGAGGGCUCCGCCACAGUUAUUAAUAAUAAUUAUAAUUAUUAUAGAU